AAACAUCCUACCACAAACACAACACAACACCACCCAACAUGACGAACGACACCGCAUCGACCACCUCCAGCGGCGACAAGAAGCGCAGCCCAACCACAAUGCCAACCAGCAAGUCAAUCGCAUUCAGCGACACCGCCUCUGUGGCUUCGGCGCCGAUCAAUCUUCCAGACGGUCACCCAGUCACUCGCGCAAACACUGUCGCCGGCGACGUCCGCCCACUCAAUGAGCUGCACGCCCACCACAUUCACGCUCGCCUUGCAAGUGGCCUGUCGCAGAGCACCCUCCUGACUUCGGUCGACAGUUUUGGCGAACGCCUCGAGAAGCAACUCACUGCCGAGAGUGAGGGCGUCCUGGAGUUCAGCAACUGGGGUGACGAGGCUGAGGAAGCCGUCCGUGUCGGUCUUGCCAAGUUGGCGCAGCUGGCCCGCGACGAGCACAUGGCGAAUCCAGAGAAGUCCGUCAAUGAGUACUACUCGGAGCGCCUUGCCAAGCUCAUGACCGACGCCGAGGUGGAGUUCGACGUCAAAUACAUCAAGUAAGUAUCGCCUUUUCACCCUCACAUUGCGAGCGGCAGGCGGCAAGCGGCAGGCAAAAGGGUUCAAUUGGGGGUUUUUCAGGAAGGCAUGGCCCGAACUAAGGGCGAAAAUUCAUUCACUUACGCGCGCGAGAUCACUU